AACAUGGUUGCUGAAUCCAAGCCUGUCUUCUGAAAAUCCAUCAACUGUAUCAAACUCAACAGCAAACAAAUGAUUUAAAAAUUUCCACAAAAGUUAAACGAUGUUAAUCUGAACUUAACAUUGACAACAUUCUUAUCCCUCAACCUUUUGAGGCUGGACCUACCUUUCCUCUCUCCAAGUCUUUCAAACUGUUAGUGGCGACAACAUUAUUAUCCCAGGAACUUUUUGAGGCUGGACCGAAUCUGUAAUGGUUUCUUCCUACUCCAUUACUUUGCAAUUUCUCUCCGUUUUUGUACUUUCCAUGAGCAAUUUUCCCAUAUUUUUCUCUGUUCUCUUGUGUUUCUCCACUCUAGUAUCAUCCCAACUCAAUGAACUCCUUUUUCCAGGAUUCAAAGAUUUUAGCACCAACAUAAUCUUACGUCAAGAUGCAAUAAUCGAGAAAAAUGGCAUUCUUCGCCUAACAAACGAUACCAGUCGUAUACAAGGUCAAGCCUUCUAUCGCUCGCCGAUCCAGUUCAAGAACUCCACAGAUGGACAAGUCUUUUCUUUCUCUUCCACGUUUGUUCUAGGUAUCGUCCCUGAGUAUCCACAACUUGGUGGCCAUGGCCUCGCCUUCACCAUAUCACCAUCUAUUGAACUCAGUGGUUUACCAAGUCAGUAUCUAGGACUCCUUAACCGAACCAAUGUAGGAAAUUUCACAAAUCAUUUAUUAGCCGUUGAGUUUGAUACAGUUCAAGAUUUUGAGUUUGGAGAUAUCAAUUCCAACCAUGUUGGCAUCGACAUCGACAUCAACAGUUUGAUUUCGAAUGUAUCUUCAACCGCAGCAUACUUGGAUAACAGUUCAACCAAACGAAACUUGAGUCUCACGAGUGGAAACCCAAUCUUGGCAUGGAUCGAUUACGAUGCAUCUGAAAAUUUACUAAAUGUCACCAUCUCUCCAGACUAUCCCAGACCAAGAUUGCCCUUAUUGUCUUAUAAAGUAAAUCUUUCACCCAUCUUUCAUGAGUUCAUGUAUAUUGGCUUCACUUCUGCAACAGGUCUGCUUUCUAGUUCUCAUUAUAUUUCAGGGUGGAGUUUUAAAAUCAAUGGAGAAGCUGGAGCUCUUGAUCUCUCUUCUCUUACUUCAAUUCCUCAGAACAAGAAAAAGCAGACAGUUCCGGAGAUUUUGAAAUGGACGGGAACUUCACUUGCUAUAGUGGCUGGCUUGAUCGUUAUACUCGUCUUGGCUAUUUUUUUGUGCAUUAGAUGGAGAAGAUUUAGACUAGAAGCAAAGUUUCUAUUUGAUUUAAUGAGUGAAGCAAAGGAGCUUGAGAUCGAUGGAAAGAAAGGCUUCAACUUGAAAGUAUUUAGAGUGGCAUCUAUUAUGUUAGCCACAAAUAACUUCUCAUCUCAAAGUAAACUCGGAGAGGGUGGUUAUGGACCUGUUUACAAGGGUUUAUUAUCUGACGGACAAGAAGUAACAAUAAAAAGAUUAUCAGGAAGAUCAAAACAAGGACUAGUGGAGUUCAAGAAAGAGUUUAUAAUAGUAGCUAAAUUACAACAUAACAAUCUGGUGCGACUCUUGGGUUUUUGCAUUCAGGGGCAAGAGAAAAUUUUGGUCUACGAAUAUAUGUCAAAUAAAAGUUUGGACACUUACAUUUUUGGUAUAUAUGCUAAUGAAAGAAGGAUGUUUGAAUGGAAAAAAUGUUUUAACAUCAUUGAAGAAAUAGCUCAUGGACUACUUUAUCUACACAAGUAUUCAAGACUCAAAAUAAUUCAUAGAGACCUGAAAGCUAGCAAUAUAUUGCUUGACAAAAAUAUGAAUCCCAAGAUAUCCGACUUUGGUAUGGCAGAAGUGUUUGCCACAACUGAAUCUGAAGCAAAUACGAAUAGAGUUGUGGGCACACGUGGUUAUAUGGCUCCUGAAUACGCUAUAGGCGGCAUCUUCUCUAAGAAAUCCGAUGUAUUCAGUUUCGGGGUGUUGGUCUUGGAGAUCAUAAGUGGUAGGAGGUGCAACAACACUAUCUUUUAUGAUGGCAUCCCUCUCAACCUUGUUGGAUAUGCAUGGCAGUUGUGGCAGGAAGGUUCAGCCAUGGAACUAAUGAAUUCAACACUACACGAUUCAUGUUGUGAAGAGCAGGUUCUGAGAUGCAUUAACUUGGCUCUGCUUUGUGUUGAACACAAUCCAAUUGACAGACCUAGCAUGUCAGUAGUUGUUUCUAUGUUAACAAUAACAAGUGAUGGUGUAAAAUUACCAGUGCCAAAACAGCCUGCAUUUUGCAUUGAAAGAAAGGUUGUUGGGGACGAUGCGAGUGGCAUAAACAAGGCAGAGAAUACAAUUAAUAACUUAACUUUAUCUGUGAUGGAUCCACGAUAAAGGACACUUGGAAACAUCUCACAGUAGCAUGAAUUUAGGAGAUAUUGUUCCUAUUCUGUGGCUUAUAUGAUAUCUCCCCAUUAGUUUAAAUUGGAACUUUUUCUUUGUAUAAGGUGAAUUGCACAAAUAAGGGAACUCUCUUUUCUUCUUCCUUUCUUGCUAUUGUUUCAGUGUAAUUCUAGUCAACAGGCUUCAGUAUAAACUAUCCUCUGAGAAAUAC